ACAGAGCUGGACUGUACACCAUGAGGUUGCUGCUCCUCCUGGGUCUGCUGGGUGGCUCCAUGGCCACACCCCCAGGCACAAAGUGGCCUGAGCCUGUGUUUGGGCGCCUGACUUCCCCUGGCUUCCCAGGAGAGUAUGCCAACCACCAGGAACGGCGCUGGACACUGACCGCACCCCCUGGCUACCGCCUGCGUCUCUACUUCACCCACUUUGACUUGGAGCUCUCUUACCGCUGCGAGUAUGACUUCGUCAAGUUGACUUCAGGGACCAAGGUGUUGGCCACACUGUGUGGGCAAGAGAGCACAGAUACAGAGCGGGCACCUGGCAACGACACCUUCUACUCAUUAGACUCCAGCAUGAAUGUCACCUUCCGCUCUGACUUCUCCAAUGAGAAGCCAUUCACAGGCUUUGAGGCCUUCUAUGCUGCAGAGGACAUUGAUGAGUGCCAAGUGUCCCCAGGAGACGCACAGCCCUGUGACCACUACUGCCACAACUAUCUGGGAGGCUUCUACUGCUCCUGCCGAGCAGGCUAUGUCCUCCACCAGAACAGACGCACCUGCUCAGCCCUGUGCUCAGGCCAGGUCUUCACCAGGAGGUCAGGGGAGAUCAGCAGCCCGGAAUACCCACAGCCAUACCCCAAGCUCUCCAGCUGCACCUACAGCAUCCGCCUGGAGGAGGGCUUCAGAAUCACCCUGGAUUUCGUGGAGUCCUUUGAUGUGGAGAUGCACCCUGAAACCCAGUGCCCCUAUGACUCCCUCAAGAUUCAAACAGGCGAGGGGGAUUAUGGCCCGUUUUGUGGGAAGACCUUGCCCCACAGGAUUGAAACAAGGAGCAACGCUGUGACCAUCGCCUUUGUCACUGAUGAGUCAGGGGACCACACAGGCUGGAAGAUCCGCUACAGGAGCACAGCACAGCCGUGCCCUGAUCCAAUGGUGCCACCCAAUGGCCACAUUUCACCUGUGCAAGCCAAAUACAUCCUCAAAGACAGUUUCUCUGUCUUUUGUGACACUGGCUACGAGCUUCUGCAAGGUUCCAUGCCUCUGAAAUCAUUUGUUGCUGUGUGUCAGAAAGAUGGAUCUUGGGACCAACCAAUGCCAGAGUGCAGCAUUGUGGACUGUGGCCCUCCUGAUGAUAUACCCAAUGGCCACCUGGAAUACAUCACAGGCCCUGAAGUGACCGUCUACAAAGCAGAGGUUCAGUACAGCUGUACAACCUUCUACACGAUGAAAAGGAAUGACAGUAAAUAUGUGUGUGAGGCUGAUGGAUUCUGGACAAGCCCCAAAGGAGAAAAAUCUCCACCAGUCUGCGAUCCAGUUUGUGGACUGUCCACCCGUACUACAAGUGGUCGUAUAUUUGGAGGGCAAAAUGCCAAGCUUGGGUACUUUCCUUGGCAAGUCCUGUUACUGGGUGAAGCUACAGCUGCAGGUGCGCUUUUAUACGACAAUUGGAUCCUAACAGCUGCUCAUGCUGUAUACGGGCAAAAAGAAGCUGCAUCCUCUCUGGACAUUCGCAUGGGAAUCCUGAAGAGGUUAUCACCCCACUACACCCAAGCCUGGGCGGAGGCUGUCUUUAUACACGAAGGUUAUGCUCAUGAUGUUGGCUUUGACAAUGACAUAGCACUAAUUAAACUGAAGAACAAAGUUGUCAUCAACAGCAACAUCAUGCCUAUUUGUCUGCCAAGAAAAGAAGCUGCAACCCUAAUGAGGACACAUGACACUGGAACUGUAUCUGGGUGGGGAUUAACCCAAAGGGGUUUCCUUGCUAGAAGUCUAAUGUUUGUGGACAUACCAAUUGUUGACCAUCAAAAAUGCACUACUGCAUAUGAAAAGAGGCUCUACCCAGGAGGAAGAGUAACUAGCAACAUGCUCUGUGCGGGCUUGGAAGCUGGGGGCAAAGACAGCUGCAGAGGUGACAGUGGAGGGCCACUUGUAUUUCUAGAUAAUGAGACACAGAGAUGGUUUGUGGGAGGAAUAGUGUCGUGGGGUUCUAUUAAUUGUGGGGAAGCAGAUCAGUAUGGGGUAUAUACAAAAGUCAUUAACUAUAUUCCCUGGAUUGAGAACAUAAUUAAUAAUUUUUAAUUUGCAUGUCUUCAAUGAGUAAAUGAUUUCUCAUUUUUAGAAGUACCUGUAAAAGCUCUUAACAGUAAUAAGACCUGAGAAAGCAUUUAUGGG